AAUCAGGCCAGUCUUCAGAGACCUGAGAUUAAACUGGAAUCUCUAAAAGAAGAUAUUAAGGAAUUCUUUAAAAUAUCAGGUUGGGAGAAGAAACUUCAGAAUGCUGUGUAUAGUGAACUGAGUGUGUUUCCUUUACCUAGUCAUCCUGCUGCACCUCCUGAGCAUCUUAAAGAACCUUUGGUAUACAUGAGGAAAGCACAGGGAAGUUGGGAAAAAAGAAUUUUGAAGAGUUUAAAUAGUAUGUGCACUGAACUGAGUAUCCCAUUGGCACGAAAGAGGCCAGUUGGAGAACAGAAAGAACUUCUUAAUAAAUGGAAUGAAAUGGGAACUGAUGAACCAGACUUAAGCCUUUUCAGACCUGUCUAUGCACCUAAGGAUUUUCUUGAGGUAUUGAUUAAUCUUCGCAACCCAAAUUAUGAAAAUGGUGAUUCUCUUAGUUUUAGGACUCAUUUGGGCUUAAUCCAAGUUCCUCUGAAAGUAAAAGACAUUCCUGAAUUGAAAGAAUGUUUUGCAGAACUUGGCUUAAACACAGGACAACUGGGUAUAGAUGAUUCUACACAAGUGCCUCCUGAACUUUUUGAAAAUGAGCAUGUGCGUAUUGGGCAAAAAGUUCUAGCAGAGCAAGAUAGUGCUGCUGCUCAGCAAUACGUCAGACAAGGAAGCCCCACAGCACUGAGAGCAGAACUGUGGGCUCUCAUUCUGAAUAUUUCCAGUCAGCCUGAGGAUAUCUUGUAUUAUGAGCAGCUUAAGACCAAUGUGAUACAACAUGACCUUUUGGUGGACAGCCUAAUUUAUAAAGAUGUGAAAUUGACAGCAAGCAAUGAUGAUUAUUAUUUUGUAUUUGAAGAUUACUUAUAUCAGGUAUUACUUUGUUUUUCCCGGGAUACAUCUGUGUUGAGUCACUUUGCAUACAACAGUGCUUCACCACCGAAAUCAUACAUUAGAGGAAAACUAGGACUAGAAGAAUAUGCUGUCUUUUACCCACCAAAUGGUGUAAUCCCUUUUCAUGGAUUUUCAAUGUAUGUUGCACCACUUUGUUUUCUAUACCAUGAACCUUACAAAUUAUAUCAGAUAUUCCGUGAGAUGUAUGUGCGUUUUUUCUUCAGACUUCAUUCCAUCUCUUCUCAUCCUUCUGGUAUUGUGUCACUCUGUUUGCUGUUUGAAACUCUUCUUCAGACUUACCUUCCUCAACUCUUUUAUCAUCUACGAGAAAUUGGAGCUCAACCACUUCGCAUAUCAUUUAAGUGGAUGGUUCGAGCUUUCUCUGGAUACUUAGCUACAGACCAACUCUUGCUUUUGUGGGAUAGAAUCUUAGGCUACAACUCUUUGGAAAUUCUUGCUGUCUUGGCAGCUGCUGUGUUUGCUUUCCGAGCAGUGAACCUGAUGGAGGUGACAUCACUGGCUGCAGCUGAAGCAGUUCUUGCUGACCUUUCUACUUUAAAAGUUAUGCCUCUUCUUCAAAUUUUUCUGUUUGCUACUGUCACCUGAUCUUCUUCACAGUCACUGACAACACAUCUAGUUUUUCAUUAUAAACUAAUCAUGAACUAUGCAAACUCUGCAUAAAACCAAAAUUAAAUUUUGCAUAUAAGCCAAUAAAGAUCAUGUUCAUCCCUCAGUUAAA